AUGGGACGAAGAUCUACAUCAUCCACCAAGAGUGGAAAAUUUAUGAACCCCACAGACCAAGCCCGGAAAGAAGCCCGGAAGAGAGAAUUAAAGAAGAACAAAAAACAGCGCAUGAUGGUACGAGCUGCAGUUUUGAAGAUGAAGGAUCCCAAACAAAUUAUCCGGGACAUGGAGAAAUUGGAUGAAAUGGAGUUUAACCCAGUGCAACAGCCACAAUUAAAUGAGAAGGUGCUGAAAGACAAGCGUAAAAAGCUGCGUGAAACCUUUGAACGUAUUCUACGACUCUAUGAAAAAGAGAAUCCAGAUAUUUACAAAGAAUUGAGAAAGCUAGAAGUAGAAUAUGAACAGAAAAGGGCUCAACUUAGCCAAUAUUUUGAUGCUGUGAAGAAUGCUCAGCAUGUGGAAGUGGAUAGUAUCCCUUUGCCGGAUAUGCCUCAUGCUCCUUCCAACAUCUUGAUCCAGGAUAUUCCACUUCCUGGUGCCCAGCCACCCUCCAUCCUUAAGAAGACCUCAGCCUAUGGGCCUCCUACUAGGGCAGUCUCUAUUCUUCCUCUUCUUGGGCAUGGUGUUCCACGUUUGCCCCCUGGUAGAAAACCUCCUGGUCCGCCCCCUGGUCCACCUCCUCCUCAAGUCUUGCAAAUGUAUGGCCGUAAAGUGGGCUUUGCCCUGGAUCUUCCCCCUCGCCGGCGAGAUGAAGACAUGCUAUAUAGUCCUGAACUUGCUCAAAGAGGUCAUGAUGAUGAUGUUUCCAGCACCAGUGAAGAUGAUGGCUAUCCUGAGGACAUGGAUCAAGAUAAGCAUGAUGACAGUACUGAUGACAGCGACACUGACAGAUCAGAUGGAGAAAGUGAAGGAGAUGAAUUUGUGCACCGAGAUGAUAAUGAAAGAAGUAACAAUGAAGAAAAAAAACCAGGCCUGAGUGUACGAUUCGCAGAUAUGCCUGGGAAAUCAAGGAAGAAGAAGAAGAACAUUAAGGAGCUAACUCCUCUUCAAGCCAUGAUGCUUCGAAUGGCAGGUCAGGAAAUCCCUGAGGAGGGACGAGAAGUAGAGGAAUUUUCAGAGGACGAUGAUGAAGGUGAUUCAGAUGAUUCUGAAGCAGAAAAGCAGUCACAAAAGCAGCAUAAAGAGGAGUCUCUUUCUGAUGGCACAUCUGCUUCCUCACAGCAGCAAGCUCCCCCACAGUCUGUUCCCCCUUCUCAGAUACAAGCACCUCCCAUGCCAGGACCACCUCCUCUUGGACCACCUCCUGCUCCACCUUUACGGCCACCUGGACCACCUACAGGCCUUCCUCCUGGACCACCUCCAGGAGCUCCUCCAUUCCUGAGACCACCUGGAAUGCCAGGACUCCGAGGGCCUUUGCCCCGACUUUUACCUCCAGGGCCUCCACCAGGCCGACCCCCUGGCCCCCCUCCGGGCCCACCUCCAGGUCUGCCUCCUGGCCCUCCUCCUCGGGGACCCCCACCAAGGCUACCUCCCCCUGCACCUCCAGGUAUCCCUCCACCUCGUCCUGGCAUGAUGCGCCCACCUUUGGUGCCUCCACUUGGACCUGCCCCACCUGGGCUUUUCCCACCGGCUCCCUUGCCAAACCCAGGAGUUUUAAGUGCUCCACCCAACUUGAUUCAGCGACCCAAGGCGGAUGACACCAGUGCAGCCACCAUUGAGAAGAAAGCCACAGCAACCAUCAGUGCCAAGCCACAAAUCACUAAUCCCAAGGCAGAGAUUACUCGCUUCGUGCCCACCGCCCUGAGGGUCCGCCGGGAGAAUAAAGGGGCCACUGCUGCUCCCCAGAGAAAGUCAGAGGAUGACUCUGCUGUGCCUCUUGCCAAAGCAGCUCCCAAAUCUGGUCCAACUGUUCCUGUCUCAGUACAAACUAAGGAUGAUGUCUAUGAAGCUUUUAUGAAAGAAAUGGAAGGGCUGCUGUGA